AUGUAUAAAAUACAACACGACAAACGAGUCAACUUGAUGAAAUAUGCCGCAAGAGUGGCGGGUGAACAGCGGGGAUACGCCAAACUCUACAAUGGAAUUGUGCCUGAGGUUUUCUGCCCGAGUCUCGUAAGAAUCGGAAAUGUGGAUGAUGGCGGGAAAUGGGUGUGUAAUCCGAUGGCCAUGCCAUCCGGCUGUGCGAUUAUGUCGCUUGGAGUGGCUGGUGAUCCGAGUUUUGAGAAGGAGAUGCAAUUGCUGACAAAACAGAAAUGCUCUGUGCAAUCCUACGACAAAAGAGAUCCUGGGCCGGUGAUUGAAGGGAUGGAAAAGAUUAACGCUUUCUUUACGAAGGCUCUCAUUUCAGUGAGAGAUGAUCCCGAGAAUAACAUUCGCAGCAUUCAAGGAGAGAUGAAACGAUUGAACAUCGACAGAAUCGAGAUUUUGAAGAUCGAUAUUGAGGGUUCUGAAUUUUCCGUGAUUCCCGAAUUGAUUUCAGUGGUCGAUAUUUGUCAGAUUCUAAUCGAAAUUCACGGUAAACCGAAGAAAGUCGUCGAGCUGAUUUCCGAAAUGGCAAGGAAAGGUUAUCGAAUCUUUUCCUACGAGAUCAAUGGUGCAUGGCAUCAUUUGAGUGAAUAUUCAUUCAUUCACGAGUCAUGUAUCGAACAAUACGAAGCGACUCCGUUGGAUUAUUACUGGCAUUUGGUC